AUGGCUCUCUCCGCAUGUAAUGCCGUGUCAAAUCCUUCAUUUGAAACUGGCCUCCUGGCUCCAUGGCAUGCAUCCGCCGUGAACGUGGCCAAAAUAAGCAAUGGAACAAUUGCAUACAGUGGUGAUUAUUACCUCAAUCUCCAAACCGCAGUAGGAAACCGCGGCAACACCAUCUCCCAGGGCCUAAGACACCUCAAGCCUCACACGGAGUACAAAUUCAGUGUGCAGGCUCAGGUUCCAUCGCCUUCCGGCUCAUCGUACUGCUCGGUAUAUGUGUACGCGGGCCGCAAUGCAACAGUCGGUAGCAUCGCCUCGGCGCAGCUGUUCAAUUUUGGGGAGUGGACGGAGGUCGCUGGGAGCUAUGUGCCAAAGAGAGAGAAUGAGAUUUUGAGUAUUGUCGCUGCUUGUGAUUCGGAGGAUUCUUCAGUUACCGGUAAUGUUUUGCUUGAUGAUAUUAGCUUCAUCGGGAGUGAUUGUGCGUAUGGCUUGGCCUAG